CCUCCAUCUUGUCAUUAAUCCCCCUCCCCCAUCGAACUACAAGGCAAGAAGGGGGGGAAAGACAAUCCGCCUUCAUCCUCUUCCCGGUAGCCUUUCCCCGACCCGAAAACCCGCUCAUCGGAACCCCCUCACCCGGCGCGUCGAGCCCAGUCCAUACUCGAUGAGCCUCCCCCGCGAUGUCAGAGCGGCCGGGGCAGACUGCAAAAGGGAAGGAUGGCAAGAAGUACUCGUCCCUCAACCUGUUUGAUACUUACAAGGGCAAGUCCUUAGAGGUGCAGAAACCAGCAGUCGCCCCCCGCCAUGGCCUACAAAGUCUCGGUAAAGUUGCCAUUGCCCGGCGUAUGCCCCCCCCAGCCAACCUCCCGAGUCUGAAAGCGGAAAACAAAGGGAAUGACCCCAACGUCUCAAUAGUCCCCAAAGACGGAUCAGGAUGGGCAAGCAAGCAGGACACGCCAGAGCCAAAGAGUACCGAUGUCUCUCCAGCAGCGCAGCCGGAGUCGCAGCCACCGCCGGCUACACAGAUGCCUGCAUCAAGCCAGCCGAAGCGGCCCCCAGUUACACAAGAGCCCCCCCCUCCGGCCGCCGCCGCGGUAAAGACCUGGGCACAGGCCAGCGUCGCGCAUGGAGCGCAAGGAGAUGGUGGAAAGGCAUCAAACCGACCGUCGCCAUUCUCUCGCGAGGAAUUUCCAACCCUGCAGGCGGCUGGGGACCAGGACAAGAGUGGGCACAACCCGGCCGCCUCCGCUGUGUCGUAUGGGCCCGGACCAAGCCUCCGCCCCCAGAAUGUGACAAGCUGGAGGGACGGGGGUGGCAGGGGUGGGCUUGCUCCAGGCUCCCUGGAUGGCGAAAACCGCGAUUCUUCCUCCGACGCGGCGCACCCACCCAGCUGCGAGCCACCCCCCCGCCCAGGGGUGCCUAACCCCGCACCCCAACAGUUCCCUCCAUACCGGGGGAUGAUGGCACCAUUUAUGUAUCCCCCAUACUUGCCAUUCCCUCCUCCUUAUGGGCCGCAGGGGGCCUUCCGCUUUCAUGGACCGGACGCUUCCAGGUUCCCGCGGUUGGCACCACCUCGUGGCCCUCAAACUGCCCCCAGGAUGACUGAGCCUGUGAGUCGCCCGUCCAUCUUAAAGCACGACGACCUGAAGGAAUUCGAUGAGCUUGACCAAGAGGCGGACGAUGGUUGGGCUGGGGCGCACGAGGAGGUGGAUUACACGGAGAAGCUGAAAUUCAGCGAUGACGAGGAUGGGAAAGACACAGACACCGAAGAGAAGAGAGACACCGCGGUCUCUAACAACGAACAACCGCCUGCCGCUCCACCGCAGAAGCCGGAGCCGUCAGAUUCCAGGAAGGGAUCGCCGACAGAAGACAAGCCUCUUCCCAAGGUAGCCUGGGCCGAUGCGCCCCGAUCUCCAGAACCCGUACCGGCGCCCGGCUCCGCAGCACCACCUCCUCAGAGGGCUCCGUCUUCCCAUCGUGCCGCGCAGCCUGAACAUAAGGAGAAGCCGGCAGCGCCCCCGGUGGUGGCGCCGGUGGAAGACGACGACGAGGCAUGGCGCCAGCGCCGGAAGCAGUCCUCCUCGGAAAUCUCGCAGGCGGUAGAACGUGCGAGGAGGAGGAGAGAGGAGGAAGAGCGCAGGAUGGAGGAGGAGCGGCGCGCCGCUUGCGCAGAGAAGCUCAAGCGUCUUGAUAUGAAGCACCGCACCACUGCAGAGGAGCCCGAGCCGCCUGCCGGCGUGACCAAGACCAUUAACAACGAAGAGGCAGAGCCCAGAAGCCAGACGCCUCCUGUCAUAGAAGCCCCUGUUGCUGUUGUAGCUGCACCCCAGCCUAUUGUUGCCCCACCGUCACCUGAAGCACCUCCGGUGAAGGCAGAGCCAUCUCCCCCUCCACGACCUGAUGUCAAGCAGGAGCCAGCACCACCUGCGAGCCGCCCUCUCCCCGCGGGACCUUCCCAGGUGGGAUACAGCAAGUUCCAGAAGAGCCUGCCGCCCCGCUUCCAGCGCCAGCAGCAGGAGCAGCUGAUGAAGCAGUGGCAGCAGAGCAGAGAACCCACUCCGCCGUCGCCCGCCGGACCCGGUCCCGCUUCCCAGACUCCGCAAGCAGCGCCUCCGCAGGCUGCCCCGAAAGCCAUGUACGGCGGGGGCUCCCUGGGGAGGACAACGCCUGUACCAACACCGCAGCCGCCGCAACCCGCUCCUCUUCCACCCCCGCACGUGAGCUACGACCCUCGCUGGGUUAUGAUGCCGCCGUUUAUCGACCCGCGUAUUAUGCAGGGGAGGCCUUUGGACUACUACCCCCAGGCUGCAGGGGUGCACCCUACCGGACUGAUAUCCCGGCAGCGUUCUGACAGCGGAGGCUCAGGGUCCGACGGUUACGAUCGUCACCCAUCAAUGAUAAGGGAGCGAGGAACCCCACCGACAGACCCCAAGCUCAUGUGGGGUGGGGAGAUGUAUAACCCUACGGAGGCACGGCCGCUCACAUCUCCACUACUCCCUAAUCCAGAGGAGGAGAAAAGGGACAUGAGGAGUGAAACUCCCCCCGUUCGCGCUCUCCCUCCGCAGCAGCCGCAGGCUCCGGCGUAUCUGGGUAACUUCGCUUCCUACGCGGAGAAUUCUGUGGCUGCGCCCCAACAGCCCCUUGUUGGGCAUCGCUAUCCUCUGGAUGAGCAGCGCGGGUGGCAUCAGCAGCCGCAACAGCCCCCGCCGGCACCGACACCCGAGCAGAGACACGCCGAGGUGGCCCCAUCUCAGACUUCUCCAACCCCCACUCCCACCCAUCAGCCUCGCCGAGGGGCGGAAGAACCAGUCAUACUCAGAAGAGAGGUUUCUGCCGCUUCUGCUCCCCAACCCGAGGCUCCUUCCAAAGCAGAGGUUAGCAGUGGGCGGCAUAAGGAAGAAAAGAAGGAAAAUGCCAGAGAGGAACCGGCGUCCGAGAGGCAAGUCGGAAGGCCUGAUAGGCAAGCUGGCAGGUCUGAGUACCAUAGGCCACCACCUCGUCGUGAGUCCAAGACCGAAACGCGCUGGGGUCCCAGGCCUGGAGGGGGUAGGAAGCAGCAGGAGGAGGCAGCGCAUGUUGGAGGUGCCCCAUCUCAGGCUCCUACCCAGCGCAGAGCCGGUCCCAUUAAAAGGGCAGUAAAAAGAGAAGAGACUGCAGUCCGAGAUCAUCAGGAGGGGAAAGCAAGCCAAGCGCCGCCAGCAGCAUCAGAGCCGCAGAAGCCUAGGCAAACAAGCCAGCCUAACCGGGAGGGAGAACCCGCGGCCGCAUCUCCAUCGCGGAGGAGGAAAGAAACUGCAGCGAUGGCUCCGGCCCGCGGCUCUCCAGCGAUGGCUUCCACGUCUCGUGGACGUGGUCGAGGGGAGUACUUUGCCAGAGGACGAGGAUUCCGCGGGGCGUACAACGGACGAGGACGCGGUGGAAGAGGCAGAAGCCGGGAAUUUCGUGGUGGCUAUCGGAGAGAGAGCCCUUUUUACAGAGAGGAGGUCGACAUCGAGGGCAAGCCAAUAAGCGGACCGGGGGGCCGGGAACGCAACGCUAGCGAAACCCGCAGCGAGGGCUCAGAGUACGAAGAGGUGCCCAAAAGGAGGCGGCAGCGCGGCUCUGAGACGGGAAGCGAGACGGAACCCGCUGCGUCCGAAAAAGAGGCUGGCAAAGCGGGACUGCCACAGCAGCAACAACAACAAGGUGACGUGCCGGCUUCCGGCAAUCAGCGCCACCCGGAAAAAGGCAGAGAUUCUGCGAGAGGACGCACAUUUACCCCUAGGGGGGUGCCGUCCAGAAGGGGCCGAGGUGGUGCAGCCGCAGUAUCUAUGCCAUGGUGUUCAAACCCUAAACAGUCCUCGCAGUCUCCGCUUCCUCCUGCCCAGCAACCUCCGCAGCACAAACCGAAGAGCGAGAAAAUGCUGCCGGGGCCUGGAGAAGAGCGAGCCCUGAUGCCACCGCCACCACCACCCAGGAGAAGACGCCACCACGGUAGAGCCCAGCAGCAAGACAAACCCCCUCGCUUCCGGAGACUCAAGCAAGAGAGGGAAAACGCUGCUCGGGCCGGGAACGGAGGAGGACAACAGCCCCCGGCAACACAGCAGCUACAACCGACCGCCGCGCAGGAGCAGCAGCGGCCGCUUCCCAACGACGAGGACCGGGCAACUGCUCCUCGCCGAGUACACAAGUCUCCCGAACCCUGCAAUGCCAAUUCCGACCAGGCCAACGAAGAAUGGGAAACUGCCUCGGAGAGCAGCGACUUCACGGAGAAGAAGGAGAGAGGAGAAAUACCGGUUCAGAACGGAGGCGGCGGCGGCGUCACCAUGACCAUUCCGGGAGGAGGACGGGAGCAGAGAAAAGACUUGUCUAAGAGGAGCUUCACCAGCCAGAGGCCGGUAAUGGAGCGGCAGAACCGGCGUCCCAUGCACCCUGCGGGUCAGAGAUCAGGGCGAGGAGGAGGUGGCGGCGGUAGAGGGGGAGAGAAACGAGCGUGGCCCUCUCCCAGAAAUCGGGGGGGUAGGACAAACGAGGACCGACCACCGUCUUCGGUCCCCCUCCCCCACCCACCCCCCAGCACCAGUGCCGUCUACCGCGUGGACCGUGUGAUCCAUAGCGACCCUGCGGGGAUACAGCAGGCACUCAGUGAACUUGGCCAGAGACACGGCAAGCCGCUUCCUGCCAACCGUAGCAUGGAUCCCUCUGCGGAGCUCCGCCAACCAAGGCCAGACUCUCUCCUGAGUAACGCUGACCUGGUGAACGAAACGUUUGCUGUCCCUUUACCAAAACGCAACAUGCGCCCUCGGAGGGGCCGAGAGAACGCCCCGGAGAAUGUGCAUUUUACCAGAGGGUCCGGAAGGGCAUGGCGAGAUCCGGUCACACGCAACCACCAACCGGUAUCGCUUACACCACGUGUCUGGACGCGGGGGCAGACCAGCGACCGAGCCAAGCUUUGUCCGUCUUAUCCCAUGGAAUCCUGGAUGGAGCCUCUGAACACGUAUGAAGAUCCCAUAAACACGGAGAUGAGUCAGUCGGACAGCGGGGUCGACCUAAGCAGCGAUUCCCAGCUGUCCUCCAGCAGCUGCAGCCAGCGUAGCUCCCCCGACGGGGGGAUGAAACCUGACGGGGGCAAAAGACCAGGUGGAGGGAUACCCGCCGGACAGCCUCAGCAAGGACGCCCACCGGUGGUGGGUCUCCCCCCUGACCCAAUCGGAACUGAGCGUGCCCAGAAGCCUCCACCAGACGGCCCUCGCCGACCCGGGACCCCAUCCUGCGUGCCGUCUGCCCCGGGCCCCCAGGAGCCCCGUCAUCCUACCGAUGGCACAAAUCAUGGCAGAGACUCCCAAGGCAGCGCUAGCCCGCAAGUGGCAGCCUCCGCUCCUCGGACCUGGGACGUUCUUCCUCCUCAGUCAGCGACGGCAGAGCCUCCGGCGGAUCGCAGGCAGCUCUCCCUCUCGCCGGCUCUCCCAGAGGGACCCCGACCUUCGCAGCCAGAUGACCGGAAUCAGAGACUCUAUUCUAACCAGUACUAUCAGGUGGACAUCCACGUGACCAAUGCGGGCAGCGGGUACCGACCCGGGACGCCCUCCCUGCAGCCCUUCAGGUCGCAGCCUCUGUAUCUACACGCCGCUCCGUCGCCCGGCUCGUCGCCCGCUCUGCUCCCAGGCUCCGCUCUCCUCUCUGGCAUCGCCAUGAAAGGCCAGUAUGUGGAGUUCUCGGACCUGGCCAAAGUGCCUGCAGGGAGCCUCCUCUACCAGGCGCCUGCCUUCCUCUACAGCGGCCCUUACUGUCCAGCCCAGGUCAGACAGGACAUGGCUUCGCCAUCCGACUACUACUCUCCUCCCCUUCAUCACACGGGACAAAGCGGAUUCCUACCCCCUGCUCCAGGCCAGCAGGUUCUGCUUUCGAUGGUGGACUCCACGCUCCCGAUGGUGGGAUUUGGCUCCCUGCCUUCUGCACCUCAGCAGCCUCCCCUCGUUCCCAUGGGACAGACCAUGCAGGCCCUUCACCAGGUUUCUGCUGCCGGUCGGAGCCACUCGCAUAUGAGAAACGAGUAUCAGACAAAUGCAGCCGAUGUAAAGCAACCAGCGGAUCAUAGAAGGACCGUCGGUGGACCUUGCGUCCCACCACCAGGAGGAAGGGCAAAAUCUUCAAAUUCGAACUAUGGAUUGGUCAGGAAUCAACGCUUUGAGGUCUAUCAGCAGGCCCUCCCUCCUGAUGCUUCACGUUGGACAUCCAGAUCCUGGGACAGACCCCUGAGCCGGGACGCCGAGACCCUUAAUGACAGGGAUCCGCAGAGUGGGACAGCCCCUGCUCCUCGGGACCCCUGAUGCGCCCGGCCGCCUCGCCUCGUGAAACGUCUCUGCCCCAUCCAACUCCAAAACAAAUGUCAUUGGGGUUCCGGGAGACACCGGGUCUGCAGAAACGAGCAGGGAUUAAAUAUUCUGACGGUCCCCGUCUGUCGACUUCUUUUCUUUUCUCUUUUCUCUUUCCCUGUCCUUUCUUCAGUGCUUUACUGCACCCCCCCCUUUUCUGGCUAAAUAAGAGUAUUUGUCCCAUAUGUUCUGUUUAUCUAAAAGGAAAUUAAAACAAAGUAUUACAUAAUGCUAGAUGGAUCUGUCUAUAUUUGUGUGUAUAAUAUAUAUAAUUAUAUUAUAUGCACAGACACGUGGGUAGCGUUCUAUCUGGAAGGAUAUAUAUACGUAUAUAUGUAUAUAUAUACACGCGCUAUGAAUACAUACUGUCAGUCAUGAAUCCGGUAUGAACAUUCGAAUAUUAAAGAACGCUUGUAUCAAAAAGGUUUUUGAAAAAUGUAUACUUUGUUUUUCUUUAAGAUUCCAUGAAUUAUGAGAUUUAUUUAAAUUUUCUCUGAAUUAA